UGACAGCUGACCGGUUGACAGCACUAAAACACUUGCAUUUAUUUACUUUUAUUUGACUGUUGUGAGAUCUUUCUGGUAAAUUGGCAAUUUUUAAGUGAAGCAGAUUAUUAAAGAUAAAUUUAUUUUAAGUAAUUGAUUUCGUGUUGAAACUGUUUCGGAAGUAUCAAGUGUACUGCUUGCUUAUGAAUAACUUGAUUAAAUAAACAAUUUAAAUACAAAAGUGCAGCACAAAGUUUAUAACAAUGUUAUUUAUUUUUAUAAUAUGUAUUUUUCAACCGGUCUUAACAUCCAAAGAAUCUGGCUGUGGAUGUAACAUUAAUCGUGGGAAGGAUGGAAGUUUAAAUGAAGAGAAUUUGAUUAAUUCUAAUGAUAUUGAACACUGUCCUUUUGAGGAUGAAAACAAAGCUAGUAAGUAUCUCAACACUGAACAAAUGAACACAUUAGAUGAGAUGGUAUUAGUGCCAGCCGGAGAUUAUCAAGUGGGUACAGAUGACAUAGCAAUAGAAAGCGACCAAGAAGGCCCAAAAAGAAUAGUGAAACUAGAAAGUUUUUAUUUGGAUAAAUAUGAGGUAUCUAAUAAGAAUUAUGCUAAUUUUAUAAGUGAAACUAAUUAUAAGACUGAAGCUGAACAAUUUGGAGAUAGUUUUGUAUUCUCAGCAUUUCUGAAUAAUACAUUUAAAGAGCAAUUAAAGGAUUUCCGUGCUGUGCAAGCCAUGUGGUGGUAUAAAGUACUUGGUGCUGACUGGAAACAUCCACAUGGCCCUGAUUCUGACAUUCAAGAUAUAAUGGACCAUCCAGUUAUACAUGUAUCUUGGAAUGAUGCUCGCGCCUACUGCAAAUGGAAGGGAGCUCGGUUACCAACAGAGGCUGAAUGGGAGGCAGCAUGUCGGGGUGGCCAUCGUGAUACCAAGUACCCCUGGGGAGAUAAGCUAUUCCCUGAGAGAAAACACAUGGCUAAUAUUUGGCAAGGCACAUUCCCCACACACAAUUCCGCUAAAGAUGGCUAUGUGGGCACAUGUCCAGUAGACAUGUUUCCGCCAAAUGAUUUUGGGUUAUACAAUAUGGCUGGUAAUGUGUGGGAGUGGACAGAAGACUCAUGGGCUGGAAAAAACCCAAAAGAAAAGGUGAAAAAGGGUGGUUCUUAUUUGUGCCACCUAUCUUACUGCUAUCGUUAUAGAUGCUCAUCAAGAUCUCAUAACACAGAAGACAGCUCUGCAGGAAACCUUGGAUUCCGCUGUGCUAAGUCUGCUUAAUCAGUGUUCCUUUAUAUACAACAAAAUGAUACAGGGGCCAGUAGCUGAACUUCCCCAAA